AUGCCAGCAGAAGAUAUAAAAUUACCACCAGAGCCAUCUGGUAAAUGUUCCAAAGCUUUACAAGAUAAAAUAUCUAGUUUAUAUGAGAAAAUGAGAAGAGAAGGUUUGAAUUUAAACAGAACUAUACAGAAUAGAAAAGAUUUUAGAAACCCAAGUAUAUAUGAGAAAUUAAUAGACUUUUGUAGUAUAGAUUCACAUGGCUCAAAUUUUCCCACUGAAAUUUACAAUCCUUAUUUAUGGUCUAAAGAGUCUUACUAUGAUGAAUUAGAUAAAGUUCAAAAGAAAGAAAUGGAAAAAAGAGAAAAGGAUAGAAAAGAUAAAACCAAAGUAAAUGACAAGAAACGUAAAUCAAAAUGGGAUUCAGCGCCUCAUGCCUCAUCAUUAACUACCUCAAUCACUGGAACCAAAUCAACUGUUAUCUCAGCUAUAGGUGUCAUUUCUAAAAAGUCUAAGUGA